AUGGUUUUCAUUUACUUCACGUCAUUAUUUCUUAUGAUCCAAGCAGAAACUUGUUUACGCCUUUUAAACAAUCAAGAAGAGAGCAGAAUUUUAAAGAAAAGUCCAGGUCGCAUUUGGAGAUGGGAUCGGAUAGCAAAUAACUUCGUACCACUGGAAACAUUGAAAUCGAACAACGGACUGUUGUGUAGCGUCGAUUUCGUCAAGGACUUGACCAUGAAAUCGAUCACGGUGGUUUCCGAUUACAUGAAUCCGUACAUCAUAAUAAAUUCAAAUCAGAGCAGAGUUACAGGAUUCAUAGGGGACGUCUGGACGACUUUGGAAGAAACCUUAAAAUUCACUUAUGCUCUAUUCGUGCAAUCCGAAGGUACAAGCGUUUCAACGUGGUGGUACGUUAGAAUUUUCAGUUACGAUCUAUGGAGAAUAAUAGGAUUAUUUAUUAUAUUUAUCGUAUUUAUCAUUAUGGGAAUUUAUGCAUUGAGAAAAACCGUCUACAGAUUUUACGUUGAAUGCGACAAUGAAUUCUCAUCUCUUUCAUUCGUCUUUCUUUACGUUUUAGGUGGUAUAAGCGGUCAAGGUUGUCAAAAAAUUCCAUCAUGUUGGUCGUUACGUUUAAUAAUCCUGUCGUUUUUAAUCAUGGGAAUGUUAUUAUUUUGUGGAUUUAGUAGUACUCUAACUUCGUAUCUAACGAUCGGAAUAACGUCCGUACCAAUUACCAGUUUAGAAGAUAUUGCCAACAAACGUACUCAUAUUCUAUGUGUGAGGAAUGAUAGUGGUGCUUAUAUUCAUUUCACAGUGGACGGCAUAAGAAAUGAGGAAUUAUUGCCGGAAUGGAAAAAUCUAGUGAACAAGAAUUGUCCUGAUACAAUGGACAUACAUACUAUCAGCUCAAAACUUUGUAAUCCUGGUUUUGUUUAUUUAGAAGGUCCAGACAUUUUUCUAUCAAUUUAUCAACCAGUAAUAAACCAAUGUCGCUAUGUACGAUUACCUCAAGAAUAUUGGAGCUUAAAACUAGCUUUUCAACACGCCAGAUCUUCGGAAUAUAGAAAAGUCAUCGAUUUAUACUUAAUCCGUCUUCGUUCGGUCGGUAUAUUAGAUUACCUUGAAAAGAAAUGGCUCAAAAGAGAAUGGGACAACACUUUAGGACAAUCUGAAUGGACUGAUUUUCGUGCAGUAGAAUAUGGUCAUAUACGUGUCGUUUUUUUAAUACUUUCAAUUGCUACUGUGUUUAGUGCAUUAAUAUGCGUUGGUGAAAAUAUUUUUUACAAAUGGCAAAUACGAUCACAAAGAAAAAUUUCAUGUGUUACUGCCAUUUUUAAAGAUAAAGUAAAUUAA